CUUUGCUACCGUUGGAAUUUUAGUCGAGCCGUUUGUUUUCAGCCCACUUGUUUAACAUAUGUUGGUUGUGUAAACGAUUUUUUUUACAAUACAAUACCUACAAUAUAUAGUGAAACACUGCUCGUUAAAUUUACAUAUUUGCGUGUGGAGCAUUUCCGGGGUGAUUUUAUAACUUUUGAACACAUGAUACAUCGUGCCACCGAGAGAUUGUGUCACACUCCCCGCAGACCUGUCCCCCGGCCCCAGCGUUCAUGUCCACUGCGGUGAUAGUAGCCGCUGUUGUCGGCGGUGGCAUACUGCUCUUCCUGCGCCGUUUGUUCCCACGACAGAAAGCUGCACAGCUCCUCCGGUAUCCAGCCGACACUAUGCGAGGAAAGACGGUCAUCGUGACCGGGGCUAACUGCGGGAUAGGGAAGGCCCUAGCCGGGGAGCUGCUAAAGCUCCAUGCCCGGGUCAUCAUGGCCUGUCGGGACCAGCGGAGCGCCGAGGAGGCGGCUGAGGACAUCAAGAAACAAGCGGGACCAGAGCAGGGGGAGGUGGUCAUCAAACACCUGGACCUCGCUUCUCUUACAUCAGUCCGGAAAUUUUGUGAGGAAAUCCAAGAGGAGGAAUCCAGGAUUGACGUGCUCAUCAACAACGCAGGAGUCUACCAGUGUCCCUACACAAAGACAGAGGAUGGUUUUGAAAUGCAGCUGGGUGUGAAUCACCUGGGUCACUUCCUCCUCACCCGCCUCCUGCUGGACCUCCUGAAGACUUCAGCUCCCAGCCGCAUCGUCGUGGUUUCCUCGAAGCUUUACAAGAACGGCCACAUCAACUUCGAUGACCUGAAUAGCGAAAGCCAAUACGAUAAGGCCUUCUGCUACAGUCAGAGCAAGUUGGCCAACUUGCUGUUCACGCUCGAACUGGCUCGCGAGCUGGAGGGCACGGGGGUCACGGUCAACGCUCUCACCCCAGGCAUCGUGAGGACCAGACUGGGCAGGCAUGUACAAAUCCCUCUCCUGGCGAAGCCGCUGUUCUACCUCGCCUCGCAGGUCUUUUUUAAGAGUCCAUUGGAGGGGGCCCAGACUCCUCUCUAUCUGGCCUGCUCCCCUGAGGUGGAGGGAGUGUCGGGGAAGUGUUUCGCUAACUGUAAGGAGGAGGAGCUGAUGGCCAAAGCUACAGAUGAGCAGGCAGCCAAGAAACUGUGGGACCUAAGCAGCAGGAUGGUUGGACUCCCUAACUGAGCAGAGUACUGUAAUGUGGAUGGUAUGUAUUCAAUAAAAAAAUAAAAUAAAAAGCAACCCCACAGACACUGCUCUGCAGGAGAUGGCUUUUGAAAAGACUGAUUGCCACCAUGGGGAUAAAACCAUUAAUUGAAUGACAUAUUGUGCCAAUGAAGUGUGUGAAUUUGUGAGCAAAAGUGUGCGUUGCAGUGUGUUGAGCACAAAAUGUAUAAAGCUUUGAAUAAAAAAAGAUGGUUCAAACAGA